AUGGACCUGCACAAUGAGCCACGCUGGCGUUGGCCUGCAAGCUCCUCAUCAAAUCCUCCUGUAAACGCGGAGGCAGGAGAAACGCCUGAAGAUACUCACAGCACCCAUGAUGCGGGUGCUCCUCCACAAGCUUCUCGGAAGCAUUAUCCACCUCGCGUCUGCCGCAUCUGCCUAGAGACCGUGCUGCCCACCCUCCACCCUCCUGCGGAAAACCUCCCUGGGUUCCUCCAAGGCCAACCCCGAGUUGUCUACGAGUCGGAAGAUCCGGAACUCGGCCGCCUGCUUCGUCCGUGCAAAUGCAAAGGUUCCUCGCGAUACGUCCAUGAGGGCUGCCUCCAGUCCUGGCGACACGCGGACCCAGGGUAUGGCAAGAGGAAUUACUGGCAGUGUCCCACCUGUGGCUUCCAGUAUCGGCUUGAGCGUCUCACGUGGGCGCGUUGGAUCAGUAGUUCUUUCGCACAGUUUGGAUUGACUUUGAGCAUUUUGAUUUUCACGGUGUUUCUCCUUGGUUUUGUUGCUGACCCCAUCAUUAACCUUUACGUGGACCCUAUGGAGACCAUCUAUUAUUCGGAGUUCUGGGACCCGACAGUGUCUGACGUUCUACCGAAUGCCCGAGGUCCUGGCUGGUUUGAGCAUUUUUUCAAGGGACUGGCUUCCUUGGGCGUCCUAUCCUUCAUCAAAGCUCUAUUCGCCCUCUCGCCUUGGCAGUGGUGGAACCUUCGCAGCUCUGGCGUUGUCAGUGGGGGUAGAAACACUGGUAGGAGCCGAGCUGCGUCUGUGAGCUGGAUAGUUAUUUUGAUUGGCGUUAUAACCUUUCUUUGGGCAGUAUACAAAGGCGUAAGGAACUGGAGUCGGAAAACGUUGGAAAAAGCUGGAGAACGGGUCAUGGACGUUCCGUUGCCCGACGAUGACGAUGGUGAUGUGCACAAUGAUAGGUCCGAGCAACGUAGGAAGGAUGAUUGA